AUGCUCAGUCCUGCAGAAGAGAAAGAGGAUGAGGAUGAAGACGAGAAAGAGUGCAAGCAGAGAGUUCUGAGAGUGCUGAAGGAGCUCAGUGUUUUUCAUUCUGAGAGAGUGACAGCAUGGAGAGGAGUUCUCAGAGAUUGUGCCAACAAGUCUUCGCCAGGGGAUAGUGAUCAGCAGGAGCCGUCCACAACAGCUAACUCCGAGUAUAAACCGGAGGAUGGAGAUGAUCAAACUACAACGCCAUCACAGGACACAGAGCAAACAUCAGACAACAGACGCUGCAGUUCUGACUGCGAUGAUGUGAAAGAGACGGGGCAAGAAUCAGUGGUCAAAACUGAUCAAGGGAGUGAUACUGAAGACUGUCAGUCUCCAGAAAGAAAGACAGAUUUGAUGGAGGAGACAGAAAAGGCAAAAGAGGAAACAAGGGAAUGGAUCACAGUAGGGCUCACCGGUCAACAGCGGGACAGCCAAUCAGUUGCACCGGACACAUGCUUCAUCAGAGCACCUAUGGGUGUGGCUGACGUCCUGAGAUGUGAGGUGGCCGACACCCUGAGCUGCCUGAUGGUGACCGGUUCUGAGGAGCUGGUCAGCAGAGUGAUCCGGCUCAAAAUUCUGGACGGUGCUAACGUACACUUUCCCGUGACUGUGGUUGUGCCUUUCUACGCACGUUACCGCGGCAACUACAGGGACGUUGCAGUGAAGAUAGUCGACGGGAAGCGGAGGGCAAGCUACGUCACGCCUGUAACCACAGAGGGCACGUAUGGAGGACACAGGGGCUCAUUUGCAGAGGUGAGGGUCUACUCCCUGGGCCUGUUUGCAGUGGUUUCCGGUCUAAAACGAGAAAAUUACACAGUUACCACAAAAGGUUUGUCACUCAAGCUACCCAUGGACCCCCGUAUCUGUCUGAACUACCUCCCAGGAGCCUUCACUGCUCCAGUUAUAGCACAAACCAUGAUCCAGCCAGUAGACGCUGUUCUUCUAGCUGCCGUCAAGACUAGGAGUGAUGCCUACCACGCGGUGGUGUCUACGAGUCCGUUUCUCUACCUCACCCACCCAUCCUCUAAGCCCCUGAGAAGACCCCUUACUCUCACCCUUCCCUGUCCCCCAAACACUGAAAAGAAAAGGCAGACAAGGGGACAAGAGGAGGAGCAAGACCACCAAAUGUGGCCUGUUAGUAGUUCUCCACCAUGGGAUCAACCUGCUUCCCACAGAAGGAGGUGAGUUAAGCGAGUAGCCAUGGCCGCCUCUGGGAAAUCUAAAGAGGUGUCCAACGAGCUGCUGAUUGUUCUGGGUUCAAGAGAAAAACAGUGGAGCGUCCUGGAUAAAGUCACGGUCAGGAACCAGCAAAAUGGGCUGGUGUCUUUCGAGCUGACGGAGCACUUUGACAGACUGCUGGUGGUGCGUCUGCUGUCUGCACUGCAGCCUCUCCAGCUCACGUCUCUGGCAGAGGAGCUGGAGGAGUCGGUCUGCUGCCAUGCGGUCACCGUCGUCCUCCAGCGAAGACAGGAUGAGCCGCACGACCUCCUGGUGGCUGUCCUCCCGAACAGAGACCUCAGCUGGGAGAUGUCCAAACUGCGAGCCCGGGGCUACAGCGGGCUCCCGGAGACAUCUGCGGAGAUCUCCAUGUGUGAAGGAGACCAGCUCCUCCUGUGCUUCAGCGGCAACAUCACCUCCUCAGGAACUCCAAACGAAGGACAUGAUGUCCCACACGAGCGAAUCCCCUUCCACAGUCAGCAGAAGAAUCACCUCAUGGUGCGUCUAACAGAGGUGGACCCGUUUGGGAACUACAGCUCCCCUCACUACAAGGGCACGGCCUUGUUCUACAAGGUCACCAGAGGUCAGCUGGAGUGGCGAGGUGACAGACCGGUCGCCAUGGACACAAAGCUCCUCGGAGACCCCGUCUGUAAGCUGUCUCUGACUUUACCCAAGAAAGUGAGAACCAUUAACCGGCCAAUCACAGCCAGGGUGAGGGUACGCGAGGACACAGACUCCCUGUCUGACUCUCUUCUCCUCUGGCUGUCGGAGGAGCUGUCAGAGGAGGAGGUGUCCCUGCUGGUGGUCUCCCUGCGUCUCCGUCGAAGCGCCGCUCAGUUGGUGAAGCUGCGGGCCAGGGACAGCCUGUCCACCCAGGCCUUCCAUGUCCUGGCCAUGAGGAGGAGGGGGCUUCCUGCUGCCACCCACCAACCCAAGGCCUCUCAGCUCGCCCACUGCCUCGCCAAGAGCGGCCGGCCAGACCUGGCCAGGGAGCUGCUGCUGCGCCAGGCUGCCACUGCCAGCCAGGGAUCAGUGAAAUAG